UUCAUUCGUAGUGGGAACUGGUGGAGGAAGCUAACUAUAGCUGACGUGAGGCAAAAUAAUGAAAGCCUGAAUAUAGUUUGAAAGCGUCUGUGUAAAGAAGCAGUUCCGCAGACUUUACCGCAACUGCAUAAAGCCUCAGUGUAAACACAUUUAUACAUAAGAAAUCCAACGUGAAAUGGAUGACAAGCAUGGCCCAAAAUUGGAAUACGAUCCACAUUGGAAAGGACCUCGAAGAAAUCGAUCAUGCACGGACUGGCUUUGUCUGAUUAUUUUCCUGGCCUUCGUGGGCGGGUGGGCUGGAAUUGGAUAUUACGUAUUCACUUUCGGAGAUGUUAAUGUUUUGCUGGUUCCUACGGAUACCGAAGGACGGAAAUGCGGAGUUGAUUCGGACGUAGCGGGAAAACCUUAUCUCGUAUUUUUUGAUCUAACAAAAUGCGCGGCUCUCUCCGCAGCGACAAACGGAUGCGACACUCCGCAAGUAUGUGUAGCCGAAUGUCCGAACACAGAUUUUGUCUGGGACGUAUCGUCGUUGACUCAAGAUUUGGAAACAUUGAGAUCAUCAAUGUUGUGCAAAAUUGAAAUCGAUGUUAGCCGGUCGACGCGCGAACAGCUACAAACAUACGUUGAAAAUAAUGUGUGCGCUCGAUGGUAUCUCAGGAGCAGAAAUCUCGCCCGCCGUUGUAUUCCUGUUACAAUUCCCGAAAUUUACGUAAACUACACCAUGACCGUAUCCGAACUGGAUUCGGCCUCGCAAUACGUUAAGCUCUUGGUAGAGGCGGAAGAAAUUCUACGAAAUGUUUACGACGACUUUAUAAAAACCAGGUGGACCAUUGCAGCGAUUCUGGGCUGCAGUGCGGUGAUUUCUCUGAUCUACAUAUUACUGAUGCGUUGGAUAGCUACUCCCGUAGUUUUCGUAUCGAUCAUUGGGAUCUGCGUACUUCUCGGAUAUUCCACAUAUCGUCUCUUUUUACUCUACAGAGUAAACUAUGCAACCGGUUGGCUGGUCAUGACCAUAAUAUGCGGCGUACUGCUGGCUAUAAUACUGCUGGUAACAAUUUUCCUGCGUUCCAGAAUCCGACUGGCUUGCCAGCUGAUCGGAGAGGCGAGCAAGGCCGUCCUCAGCACGACGUCGACUCUUCUGUUCCCGAUAGUCCCUUGGGUGCUCCAACUUUCAGUUAUGGUCUACACCCUACUAGUUGCAGUUUACGUGCUGACGAUAAGAGUGCCAUUUUACACGGUAAAUCUCGGCGGUAACUGCGCGUGUCCUGCAACAUUGAAUUACACGGAUGGAGAAUCUUGUGAUCCGGAUAUAUUCAAUUCGAGUUGCACGGAAAAUGGUGGUUUUUGUAUAUCGGGUGGAUGCUACUUGAAUCGCACAUCCAGCCCAAGUUUCAUUAAUUAUAUUCACACUUACAACAUCGUCGGACUAAUUUGGCUGAUUUUCUUCGCCUCUGCCUUCGGAGAAAUGGUACUAGCUGGGACUUUCUCUGCUUGGUAUUGGACGUUUAGAAAGUCCGACGUCCCUUUUUUCACAUUGACCGUUAGCGUUUGGAGAACGAUAAGGUACCAUUUGGGAACUCUGGCCUUCGGAUCAUUGAUUAUAACAAUAUGUCGCAUCAUACGAGGAAUAUUGGAAUGGAUCGACGAGAAACUAAAAUCGUACGACAAUGAAUUGGUAACAUUUUUAAUGAAGUGUAUGAAAUGUUGCUUCUGGGCGUUGGAAAAGUUCCUAAAGUUCAUCAACAGAAAUGCGUACAUAAUGUGUGCAAUUCACGGAAAAGGUUUUUGCAGUUCUGCUAGAAACGCAUUUAAUCUGUUAAUGAGAAAUCUUCUGAGAGUCUUCGUACUAGACAAGAUCACAGACUGGCUGCUCUUCCUGGGAAAAUUAUUAAUCAUGGCUGGCGCAGCUUGGGGGACUUGGUGGUACACAACGACUCACUUGACUGAUAUACAUUAUUGGCUAGUUCCAGUUGUCCUUGUAGCGAUAGGAUCCUAUUUCCUAGCAUCGGUAUUCUUCGGCGUCUAUUCCGCAGCAAUUGACACAUUAUUCCUUUGUUUCCUGGAAGAUUGUGAAAGAAACGACGGAUCGGCAUCCAAGCCGUACUACAUGAGCAAAAGUCUCAUGAAGAUCUUACGCAAAUCUAAUUAAAUUUGAUUUAAUUAGACAAGAAAAAAAAAUAGGAAACUAUUCCACGCAGUUGUAAACUACACAUGAGAGAGCGUUUUGAUGUGACGCGAAAAAAAAAACAUCCAAGAUCUACUGAAUUCACACACAAUUAUUCAGAACAAAGUAAUAACUUAUAACGACAGAUUGUUCCUAUGAGUAUGAAUGAAAAUAAUUUAUCUGUCGCUAAAUUGAGAUGCGUUUUUACCUAACAAAAAAUAAGCCGCCACGGGUCAGUUUACCUCAAGAGUUGAUACAACGAAUUAUUUUUGACAACGCAUGUGUGUACAGUAUAUCGAAUCGUUGCUAUAUAUAUUAUAUGUUAUUAAAUAAUUUAUGAAUAAAUUAAUGGAUCUACUUUUCUA